GGGGUUUAGGGUGUUUGAGGGGAAGGGUUUUGGCGAUCGAUUCUUUCUUAUCGGGGGCGCUCCAUCUCGAGUUUCAGCGGCGAUGCAGGCCGGGGUCGUGAAAUGCAAGGUCUUCCCUCGCUUGGCGCAGGCGUCGCAGCUGUUGGAGAGGAAUGCCGGCCUUGCAUCGCUCUACAAGCGAGCGUCGGGCAUUCACACGACGCCGACGGUGGAGGUAGCGCAGCCGACGAGGAUCAGCUGCGCAAUGGGUGGGCCGCGAUCUAUGGAUAGGCCCCGCCGUCGCCCAAAUUUCGAUAGGCCGGGGGAUACUCCCCCGACUCCACCGCCGCCGCCGCCGCCAGAGCCUCUGAGCGGCCAGGUCAAGUACAGGAUCUCGGAGAACUGCGUCAUGGCGAUCUGGAAGGGCGACAUUGCCUUGUGGCACGUCGAUGGACAAAACGAUUGCAUUGUUGCUCCUGCGAACAAGCGAUGCAAUGCCGGAUUUGGAGUCGAUGGAGCUAUUCACCGUGGAGGAGGACCACGUCUUCUGGAUGCUUGCCAGAAGCUCCCGGACGUAGCACCGCAAGGCAUCAAAUGCGAGGUUGGGAAUGCUGUGAUCACAAGGGGAUUCAAUCUUCCUGCUUCUCGUGUGAUUCACGCGAUUGGUCCCGUCUACGAGGACAAGAACCGAGACGAGUCGGAGAGAAACCUCACCAAUGCAUACAAGAGUGCUAUCGCGUUAGCUCUCAAGGAAAGCAUCAGAUUCAUGGCGUUCCCUGCGCUCUCCUGUGAACUCUACGGAUAUCCUUACGACGAGGGAGCCGAAGUUGCAUUGAACGCUGUGAUAAAAAACCACCAUGGAUUGUCUGAGGUCCAUUUCAUUAUCAAGGCACAGGAUGGAUACGAUUCCUGGAUCGACGAGGCCAAGAGGAUGUUUAGACACCAGCCACAGGCACUGAUGCAGUAGCAGCAAAGUUGCGAGAGCUCUAUUCCUCUUAACACAGUCUGUAGCUAGAAACUACGUUAAAUUUCAAUCUGGAAAAUGUGUGCCGAUCCAA